GUCCCUUCUCAAGGAAGCUCGGCUUCAAGAUAGAGCAGAGAGAGAGAGAGAGAGAGAGAGAGAAUGGACUCUGAUUCUUCGGCCACCACUGGUGGCGGCGUAGGCACGGCAAUCUCCGCCGUCCAUGUCGACAUAAUCCAAACCCACAUAUUGACAAGGCUCGACGGCCCAACCCUCGCCUCCGCCUGUUGCGCGUCGUCCCAACUACACAUUCUCUCCCAAGACGAGAACCUUUGGCGAGACGUCUGCAACCAAACGUGGCCCUCCACCAGCGACCCCCUUCUGCGCCACCUUAUUUCUACCUUCCCGGCAGGUCACCGUUCAUUCUUCUCCGACUCCUUCUCCACCCUCCACCAUCGCCAUCGUUCACAGACCAAACGCCAACUUCCGCCGCCGCCGCCACCUUCAGAAUUAAUCUCCGCUAUCGACAUACACUACCAAGAUCAUAUUAUACUAUCCAGAAUCCACCGGACCGAGACCGUGACCGGGUGGUUCUUAUGCUCGCCUUUCCGGCUGGACCUUCUCGAACCCAAAGAGACCGUACCAACACCGAUCAAACUCGACGGAGCGAACUUAGAAGACAACCUGACUCUCAGCUGGGUGAUGAUCGAUCCAACCCAGAACCGAGCGGCGAACUUCUCCAGCAGGAGGCCGGUUUCGGUGAACCGGCACUGGCUGACUGGCGACAUAGAGGUUCGAUACUCGGUGGUCCUCGCCGGUGGCAGGAAAGGAGAGCUGGUCGUGUGCGAAGCAGUGGUAACGUGCUGUGGAAAUUCGAAGGAGGGAGGCGAAUUGCAGGUGAAGGAUGUGAGCUUUCUGAUGGAGGACAUGGAAGGGAAGAAUUUGAGAGGGCAGCAGAGCUUGGUAAUUUUGCAGGAGGCUGUGAGGAGCGGGGAGAGAAGAAAGGGGAAGAGAGGGGAAGAGAGAGAGAGGCGUGGAGAAUUCUUGAGGAUGAAAAGAGAGAGGAGAGAGAGAAAUCUGAGGAGAGAGAGGACAAUGGACAUGGCGUGCAUAGCCGCCGGAGUCGUCAUCUUCUUAGCCUGGGUGUUUGUUCUGUUAAGAAGAUAAUUAAAUUGUUAAUUGUAGUUCUUUGCUGUUAUUAUUACAGACAGUAGGAAAAUGAUAUUUUUACACAAUUUUUUUUAUUAGUAAUUAAAAUGAUAUAUAUAUAUAUAGCAGGAUUAUUUUUGUAAUUUUGAUUAAUUAUUUUAAUUUUUUUCUUAAUUAAUGAACCAGUUUUAGUUGUAUUC